AUGAGCGAUCAACAAGCGGAUGAAGACAGAAUAAUUAAUGCUAAUAGGUCAUUUAAAAGCAGCAUUGAACCUACUAUCUUGGAUCACCUUCAAACUUUUUCUAGUGCAAUCGUGAACACAUCGCGAAGUCCAGCAGUUAGCAAUAUGGAGAGUGAAAAUGAAUCAUUGGGACCAAAUCCAGAAGGCGCCGUUGAUCUGAAGACCAGGGAAACUACUUUAACAAAGUCAUAUUUUCCUUCAGUCAGUAAAAAGUGCGCGUCUUCGCAAAUAGAAGAAUUAGUUCCCAUUUCCAACUCAAUAAUUGCAGACGACGAUAAAAGUACAGGAGACUGUGUGGAUGUUCUUAAUGCUCGAUCUGAAGCUCUGGGAAUUGGAAAUGUUACAUCACCUAUCAGCAGAUCUGUACCUAAGAACGAUGUGUUAAAGGAGGCAAAGGAAAGAAAUCCGGAAAUUCCAUCACAAAUCCCACUCUGCCACAAUAGCGUAAUUAAAAACGAAGUAAGAGGAAGGCAAAAUAGUGUUCAAAAGUCAUCUCAACGAGUCAAACUAAUUAAUAUUUUUGAAAAUGAAGCCGAUUUUAACACGGCUAGACGUACCUGUUCCGCGAUCAAAAGUAUGAAGCACGACCCUGAUGGCGAUACCUGUAGCGAUUCGAGUAAGAAUCAGGAUGUCAAAUCGGCAAAGUCUGAUGCUUUUCACUUUGGAAAAUCUCCCAGGAAAUUAUACUUUAAAGACAAUCCUCGUAAGUCUGCCUCAAAUAAACUGGGAGAACAUGCAACCUCCCAUUCAGUGGACGUUCGAGAUGCAACUGAUAACGAUGGUAAAGGUAACAUAGAUGAUUAUCCUGCAAAAGAUCUUGCAAAAAAUACACCGGCUUCAAUAAAGUAUAGAACACACGAAUAUAUCAAAGCAGCGAUAUCACUUUAUUCACCUGCUUCGAAGGCGCAGUCCAUGGUAGCCAUUCGUGAACCUAGCUUGUGGCAAACCACAGAUGUGGUGGAGCACGGAAGUUGGAAGAACGAUAAAACGCAAAAUAUUGAUGUACCAAAAGAGAUCAUUUUAAGUAAACAAUCAGAAUUCCAUGAUCAAAAAUCAGAACGAACAAUGCAAUUAGACAUAAAAACGAUGGAAGAUCGUUCUGCAAGUUCAUACGUGUUAACACAUCCAAAAGCUUACAAUGGAAGCUCCAAGGGACAAAAUUUAUCGGCCAAAAAGGUCAUAAAUCCAACAACUAAUUACGUAUCUUCCAAGGGCACGAGCUACACCGGUAAAUGGAUAUAUCAAGACUCGUCACUAUCCUCCCUGAAAUGCCCUUCACCGCUUCCUGAUUCUGACUGCGAUCCGGAAAUCACAUCCUUGACAAUGUCGAGGCCGUCGUGUUUAUUGUCAUCAGACAAGUUCCCAUCGUCACACGCACUUUCGAAAAUUCCGCCAAGAGCUGAAAUGGCUCAGACAGAUUACUUGAAAUUGUCCGCAUUAGGAGGCGACCUUAAAAGCGAUAAUCAAAACAAUGUGUUGUCACCUUGUUAUUGUUUAGAUUCAGGUGUUGAGACAGUGAAAUCAGAGGUAAUGAAAAGAUGUUCAAGGUCAGGGGAACUGGAAUCCGAAAUUGAGAAACGAUUUAGCUCAAUCUCUAUUAAUGACGAGGUUAAUCAGCAGGGAAUCGAAGUUGCUGAUACGUCAGUUGGUCCCAGUUAUUCAAAACUUGGAGUUCUCAGACCCCCUGAAGCAUCCUCUGUUCGACUGUUUCAUGAGACGGGUGAGUAUAAGCGGAAUCUCAGUACACAGGUAAAAUCAUGUGGAAGAAGGCAUGAAAUUGAGGUUCAUGGUCCAUAUUUUCGCCUAAUACAAGAAAAAUUCAAAAACAAUGAAGGUCCCUCAACCUACUGGUGUGAUCGAUCUGUGGGCUCCCCGACUCCUUACGAAUAUUCUAUCGGUCCCGAUAUUGCCUCAGACUCGUCGAUGACCUCAGAGACAAGUCGCAUUUCUAGCAAAGAUGCCAAUUUUACUAUCGAUUCUAGAAAAAAAACGGUCAAGGCCCUGGUUUCUGUAUAUAAAGCCCUUGGAAAAGCAUCAAAACUACUUUCCUCAUCAAACGAAGCAAUAAUGAAGCAAAUCGAACUAUUGAACUCGGAGGAGCGGUAA